ACCAGAUUUGAAUUUCUGGUCACACAACAAAAGAACCAAACACCAUCACCUACCACGACAAAAAAAUACUAACAAUUACAAAUUUAAAUGCUUUUUAAUCUCAUAUCCUUGGUUGUUUUGAUGAACACGCUUUAUCUUCACAAAUUUUUGGCUUCACAAACACACAACAGAAAAACAAAACCACAACACUCUUAAGUCUUAACAACAACAACAACAACAACAUAAAUUUUCAAUUGUUCUGUGUGAAUUGUUUGUUUCUGUUCUCUCACAACACAACAACCUCAUCAUAACCUUAACAUCUUCUUCUUCUUCUUCUUCUUCUCACUCUUGAAAGCCUAGCCUCAUAACUCGCGCUUUCAGUAAUCAAAAACCGUGCUAUCACAUGCACCUUCUCGAUUUGUUAACUACCAUUGAUUCAUGCAACCACAGAAACCAAUUUUCAAUCCAAAAUUCUCUCUUUUCAUCUCCCCAAUUUACCACUUUCUGGUGCUUCUGAAAAACCGCAUACCAGUUUUCUAGCCUUCAAUCUCAAAAGGGUGUCAUCAAUUUCGCUUCUUUCGGCAAUGCAGAGGCGAAACUCCAAGUGGGGGUGCUGAAAUCUCAAUUGGGUACGCGAAUUUCACGGAAAAAUCUGUUUUUUUUUUUUUUGAAAAUUUGAUCGGAAUUCAUUCACCGGCGAUUUUGGAGAGAUGGUGUUGUCAGCUUCGCCAUGUUCUUUGGCGAGAAGCUCGCUGGAAGAGAUGCUUGAUUCGCUUCGUCGGAGGGAUGAAGAGGAAGAGACGAAGAAGGACUCGCCGCCGGCGUUGCCCGCUCGGCCGGCUUCCAAGGCUCGGCUUCCUCCGGCGCGGCGGUCGCUGCCGAAUAACUUUAAGGUUGGUGGUGGUGACCGCGGUGGCGCGGUGGAGAAUGGAUUUGCUGUCAGCAAUGUGGAGAUUAAGAGGAAGGAAACGGGUGUUGUAGACAAGAGAAGUAGUAGCAGUUUUGGGAGUAAGAGGGUGAAGAAGGAUGUGGAGUCUCCUUAUGUGAUAGCACUUUCAGAAUUCACUGGUUUAUCUGGGAUGAGUUUGGAAUUGGAGGGUGACAGUGUUUCUCAUUUCAUCAAAACGAAGCUUCGUGUUUGGUGUAGGCAACCAAGAGGGAAAUGGGAACUAGGAUCAAUAAAGUCAACUUCUGGAGAGGAAGCAUCCGUUUCACUUUCAAAUGGCAAUGUUGUGAAAGUGGCCAGAUCAGAGCUCUUACCUGCUAAUCCUGAUAUUUUAGACGGUGCGGAUGAUCUUAUUAAACUUGGUUAUCUGAAUGAACCAUCAGUUCUUCACAAUCUUAAGUUUAGAUAUUCUCAGGAUAUGAUUUAUACUAAAGCAGGCCCCAUUUUAAUCGCACUAAAUCCUUUGAAAGAUCUCACUCUUUAUGGAAAUGAUUAUAUCUCAACUUAUAGGCAGAGAUUAAUUGAUAGUCCUCAUGUUUAUGCUAUGGCAGAUGCUGCUUAUAACAAGAUGAUAAGAGAUGAAGUAAAUCAAUCCAUAAUCAUUAGUGGUGAGAGUGGGUCUGGGAAGACAGAGACAGCUAAAAUCGCCAUGAAAUACUUAUCUGCUCUUGGUGGUGGCAGCUGUGGGAUAGAAAAAGAAGUUCUUCAGGCAAAUUUUAUACUAGAAGCUUUUGGGAAUGCAAAAUCAUGUAGCAAUGACAACUCUAGCAGAUUUGGAAGUUUGAUUGAAAUUCAUUUCAGCACCAUGGGUAAAAUGUGUGGGGCUAAAAUUCAAACAUAUCUGUUGGAAAAGUCAAGAGUAGUUCAACUGGCUGUUGGCGAGAGGUCUUAUCACAUAUUUUAUCAACUCUGUGCUGGAUCUUCACCUGGUCUUAAAGAAAGACUGAAUCUUAGAUCAGUCAGCGAUUAUAAAUAUCUAAAUCAGAGUGGUUGUGCGACAAUUGGUGGUGUUGAUGAUGCUAAAAACUUUCAUCAGCUGAUGGAAGCAUUGGAUACUGUUAGAAUUUGUAAAGAGGACCAGGAGCUGAUCUUUAAGAUGCUUGCAGCAAUACUAUGGUUGGGAAAUAUAACAUUCCAAGUAACUAACAAUGAAAAUCAUAUUGAGGUUGUGGAUGAUGAAGCUGUAACCAGUGCUGCCCUGCUGAUGGGUUGCAGUUCUCAAGAAUUAAUGGCAGCAUUAUCUACCUGUAAAAUCCAAUCUGACAAGGAUACCAUUGCCAAAAGUUUGACAUUGUCACAGGCAAUCAAUACAAGAGAUGCAAUUGCAAAAUUUAUCUAUGCAAGCUUGUUUUACUGGCUUGUAGAGCAAAUUAACAAGUCACUUAAAGCCGGUAAAAAAUGUGCUGGGAAAUCCAUAAGCAUCCUUGACAUUUAUGGUUUUCAGUCAUUACAGAAAAACAGCUUUGAACAGUUUUGUAUAAAUUAUGCCAAUGAGAGGCUUCAACAACAUUUUAAUCGGCAUCUGUUUAAACUUGAGCAGGAGGACUAUGAGUUGGAUGGAGUAGAUUGGACCACAAUAGAUUUUGAGGACAAUCAAGAGUGCUUGGAUCUAUUUGAGAAGAAACCUCUUGGUCUACUCUCUUUGUUAGAUGAGGAAUCAAAUUCCCCCAGUGCUUCUGAUUUAACAUUUGCCAACAAACUUAAUCAACUGCACGGUAAUCCUUGCUUCAAAGGGGGAAAAGACAGCGCUUUCAGUGUUCGCCACUAUGCAGGGGAGGUUUUGUAUGAUACAAAUGGUUUUCUAGAAAAGAACAGAGAUACACUGUCUUCUGACUUCAUUCAACUCCUGUCAUCGUGUAAUUGUGAACUGCUUCAGUUAUUCUCCAAAAUGUUUAAUCAGUCUCAGAAACAACCAAAUUCCUCCUUCCACAUUGGUUCACUGGACUCACAGAAGCAGGGUGUUGGAACAAAGUUCAAGGAUCAAUUGUUCAAGUUGAUACAUCAGGUGGAGAGCACUGCACCUCACUUUAUUCGCUGCAUAAAACCAAAUACGAAGCAGCUUCCUGGAAUUUAUGAGGAUGAUCUUGUCCUACAACAGCUCAGGUGUUGUGGAGUUCCAGAAGUUGUUCGGAUUUCUAAGGCAGGAUAUCCUACUCGCAUGACUCAUCAAGAGUUUUCCAGAAGGUAUGGGUUUCUGCUUUCUGAGGCCAUUGUAUCUCAGGAUCCAUUGAGUAUCUCAGUCGCUGUUUUGCACAAAUAUGAUACCCCUUCUGAAAUGUACCAAGUUGGCUACACCAAACUGCACCUUCGAGCAGGGCAGAUUAAUGCACUGGAGGAUAAGAGAAAGCAGCUUUUGCAGGGAGUACUUACGAUUCAAAAAUGCUUCCGUGGUCAUCAAGCUCGCAGUAAUUUCUGUGAACUUAAGAGUGGAGUGGCAACCUUGCAAUCAUUUAUUCGUGGAGAAAUUACGAGAAGGAAGUCUGGUGUUAUGAUGAAGUCUUCUAUAACAAUUUAUUCUAAAAAGCUUGAAGAGAUACAUGCAAUCAUACUACUACAAUCUGUAAUUCGUGGGUGGCUGGUUCGAAGUGAUUCUAGCAAUAUGAAGUUGAGGAAACAUGAAAAUGACAAACCUAGGUGGAAGUCUCGAGUUAAGAUUCCAGAAGUGAAGGAUUUGUCCAAAGACCUGGUUCAGAAUCUGCCUUCAGCUUUAGCAGAACUCCAAAAGCGGUUUUAUAAGGCUGAAGCAAUUUUGGAGCAAAAGGAAGAGGAAAAUACUGAGUUGAAGGAACAGUUAAAACAAUCUGAGAGAAAGAGGGUUGAAUUUGAGGCGAAGAUGAAAUCAAUGGAGGAGGCAUGGAAAAAGCAGAUGACAUCUUUGCAAAUGAGUCUUGUUGCUGCUAAAAAGAGCCUUGCUUCUGAGAAUGGCACUGUUCAACCUGUAAGAAGUGAUCCUUUGUCACCUCGUGGCUAUGAUUCUGAAGAUACUACUUCCAUGGGAUCUCGAACAACUGGUGGGAACACACCUCUGAUGUUAUCAGGGAGUCUCUCUGUCUCAGAUCCAAGGAGACAGGCUAACGGUACAUUGACUACUGUCAGCAGUCUGAUGAGGGAAUUUGACCAACAAAGACAUACAUUUGAUGAUGAAGUGAAAGCUCUGACUGAGGUAAAACCAGGGCAGUCUGUAAACACGAAUUCCAUUGAAGAACUUCGGAAGCUCAAACGUACAUUUGAGGGAUGGAAGAAACAGUACAAAGUUAGAUUACGUGAGACAAAAGCAAGGCUUCAUAAAUUAGGGAAUUCAGAAUCUGAAAGAAGUCGGCGGACAUGGUGGGGAAAAUUAAGGGCAUAAUAGCAUCUGGUUUUCAAACAUACUUUUACUGAAGUAUAGAAAUGUUGAAGAUUCAGAGAAAAUGGCAACAUGAUUGUUCUCAUAAUCUCUGGCCUGUUAAGAAGUUGCUUCUUCUCUAUCUUGCUGGAAACACUUGAUAAAUGUGUUACCGUUGUGCUAGUUGGUGAAGAAAGGAAAGAAAUUGUACAUCAUCCAAUUUUGUUACAUUGUGGAAGUAUUUUAGGCUGUGCAUAGGUGUAGGAUUAGUUUAGUUUGCUUAUGUAUAUUCAUUUUCCUUUUAUUUGGGUGAAAAACAGCAAUGGUUAGUGUAUAUUGUAUUGUUGUUGAUGUGGUAUAAAACCCGGCCUGAAAGAUACUGUUAGUGGAGUGUAUCUUCAGCCUGUAGUUAAAAACGUUCUUGCUGUUUUGCUAUAUGUCUGAACAGUUCUCUCAAUGUAUUGGCUAAACAGAUAAAUGUUCAAUUAAUAGUGUUCUCCUCUUUCUACA